UAACCGCGUACGCUUUGUUUAUUUACAAAACAGAGGAUUAAAAAAAAAAAGAAAAUUUUAAUGAAUGCUGAACUUUCAAAGUUUUAAAUUUUAGUAAUUUUUCGUCGAAUGUUGGAUUUCAUAAAUUUUUAGCAGUUAAUAUUGUCUAAUCAUGCCAACUGAAACAAAUUACGAUGAUUUGAUAUCCUCUAUUCUUUGUGGAGAAGGGAAUAUAAUUGAUUUCUUUGACAAAAUGUUUGACUUUUUAUACCGCAGGACUGACUUUUUUAAACUCAAAUCUGAUAGUUCUGAUUUAGGUCUUGCAUCUGGUGAAGCAGAAAGCAUAGUGAGAUCCGUGUUUUGCAAAUAUAUGGAGCAAUCUAUUUUAGAGAAAAAUAUUGAAGCAACUUCAAGUUCAGAGCCAGUCAUUUCAGAGUGUAUUGCAGAAGAAAUUGUGGUUACUUCUCCUGAACAAGUAGAAUCUGAACCUAAAACUGAUGACAAUAUAAAAACUAAUGAAUUAGUCAACGUAAGCAAAAGUCUGCAUAACGAUGAUAAAUCUGAUCAUAAAACACCUUUGAUGGAUCCAGAUUCAUAUAAUGGAGCCAGCUAUGAAGGAUACUCUUGGGCACAAACCAUUAAAGAUGCAGAUGUUCGAAUCAAAGUUCCAAAUCAUGUAACAACUGGGAAAAAAAUCCGUGUACUGAUUCAACACACUCAUUUAAAAGCAGAAUAUCUUAAUAAUGAUGAAUGGGUUAUUUUAAAAGAUAACGAUUUAUCAUGGAGAAUCAAUGUUGAAGAAUCAACAUGGACCUUAGUUCCACGUGAACAUAUUCAUAUAUGCGUCCAAAAAGUGCAGGAGCGGUGGUGGGAUUCAUUUUUUGUCGAUGAGCCAAAAAUUGAUUUGAAAUCUAUAGAUCCGUCAAUACCUUUUGAAGAACUUGAUGAAGCAGCCCAAGCUAAGAUUAAUGAGCUAAUGUUUAAUCAACACCAAAAAAGAUUGGGUAAACCUACAAUCGAACAAAGUAAACUGCAGAAUGUUCUGAAAGAAGCUUGGGACUGUGAAGGCUCCCCUUUCAAAGGUCAACCAUUUGAUCCAACUGUUGUUGAUAUACAGAAUUCAGAAAAUGCUUUAAUAGGGCAUUAGAGAUUGAAGUGAGCACAUCAUUCCUGAUCUCAAAAUACAAGCUGAGCUUCCUGUUUACUUUUGUUUUUUCGAAGAAGAUAUUUAUUGUAUACAAGUUUUAUUGCAUUUUAAAAAUUAAAUAAACUUUUUAUUUCUGUU